UUCAAGGCCAAGGCCUCACUUUUCCAUCUCUCUCUCUCUCUCUCUCUCUCUUUCCUCAACUACUCUUCUUCCUUCCCCAUGCCCCCCUCUCUCCAAACUCUCAUCCCAAACCAUACAAGAAAGCCCUUUGACCAUUUUUCCCCAAAGGGGUUUUUCUGAUAAAAGUAAUAGUAAUAUUUGAUGAGAUGGUUGAAUUUGGGGAAGAGCUGAUAAUAGACAGCUUCAGGAUCCCAUGGCUCAUAUGGAUCCAAGUCAUAGUGAUGCUGCUGCUGCUCCUCCUCAUCUACUCCUUCAGCCUCGUCACCUCCUCCUCAUCAGAUCUCUCCCCAGAUGACCCCCUCUGCUGCUCUUCUCCUCCUUCCUCCUCUUCCCAGAUCAAGCUCCAACAACAGGUCGGAGAAAUAACCGGAGCAAGCAGUAGAUCAUCAAUAAGCAGGAACAAAUCUGGAAAUCAUCAAGAAGGUCGAAGUAGAAGUAUCCGUAACAACGAUAACGUGAACAAGGAAGGAGGAACCUCAGCAUUGAUAAACGACAGAUCAAUAUCAUCUCAAAGUCUAUAUAACAACACUCAUCAUCCUUGUAACAUUGUUAGGCUUGCAAAGAUUGCUUUUCUCAAGUGUCUAGGACUCGAUAAUAACCCUACAACUGGCGUUCCGAGCCGUCGUUCUUCCUCUUCCAGAGAAACACACGAAUGAGAGGUAAUCUAUGUCAACUAACAUGUACAAAUGAUCGAUUCAAUUGUUCGUGUAUUGUCAUUCUUGGCUCGGGAAUAUAUGUGCGUGAUAGUAUGCGCGUA